AGGUUUGUGGAUUUGCAAAAAUUACCUGGAUUUAGUUAAUGUCAAAUGGAAUUCGCAGAAAUUUACUGACAUUGAAGUCAAUACUGAUGGCCCUCCUGAAGACUUCAAGGCACAACUGUUUUCCUUAACGGGUGUUCCUCCUGAGCGCCAAAAAGUAAUGAUGCCUGGUGGUCUUCUCGGAGAUACGUCCUUCGAUCGAAUAAAGCUGAGAAAUGGUGCCACUGUGAUGCUAAUGGGUUCUGCAGAGGAGUUGCCCGUCAGCAUCACUUCUAAACCUGUCAUCGAAGGGUUGGUUACCCCCUUGUUGCCGCCAAAAUCAGAUCAGUCGGAUGCACCGAGGGUCCCCAUCGGUAUGGCCAACCUUGGCAAUACUUGCUACAUGAAUAGUGCACUUCAACUCCUAUUUACUAUUCCAGAAAUCAGGCUUUUCAUUCAGAGAGCUCCCAUACAGUCAGCAGCGUCACUGCCGCAGAAAGUAAAGGAUAUGGUUACUGCUUUGCGUCUGAUCUUCAACGGGCUCGCGUUUUCUUCUUCUUGCAUCUUUCCUCUCGUUUUUCUUGAAUCACUGCAAUCUGCUUUCCCACAAUUUGCUACGCGCGCAAAUGUUGAUGCUUCAACGUCUGAAGGUGGCAAUGAGCCAAUCUAUCAGCAACAGGACGCCAACGAGUGUUGGGUUGAGGUCAUCCGUGUUUUGCAGCAGCUGUCAGCUGAUGCAAAAGUUAUAACUUCGCCUUGCCCUGAAUCCUUUGGCACAUCAACGGGUUGGAAUCCUGUGGAUCGAUAUCUUACCGGCUCCCUAGUCUCAACACUCACUUGCACAGAGAAUGAAGAAGAGGCACCACAGGAAGCCGUGGACACGUUUUCCCAGCUCUCAUGCUUUAUCGUUAAAGGUGGCAUUAUUCUCCUGCUCCUCCGGGACUGGUUAUCAAGCCUUUCAUCGCAUACUCUUUCACCCUCAGAUGUGAAGUAUCUGCACACCGGGAUUCGCAAUGGCUUGGAGGGAACGCUCACGAAGAGUUCUACCACACUGGGCCGCGAGGCAACCUACAAAAAGGUUUCACGUAUCUCCCGUCUUCCUGGCUACCUCUGCAUUCAGUUUAUGCGAUUCUUUUACAAGGAGAAGGAAAAGAUUAAUGCCAAGAUCCUGAAGGACGUCAAGUUCCCCUUGUGUUUGGAUCUCUUCGAGUUCUGCACAAAGGAGCUGCAAACUAAACUGCUACCCCAACGCGAGAAAGCGCGCACCGAAGAGGACGCUGAAUCGAUGGCCGCAAAGAGUCGAAAACUCGCAAGUGCUUCAAAAGAAGGUUGCCACUCGGUAAUUUUCUUUACCUCUUUUUUCAAUUUGCUCGCAACGCCACUUUGGACUUCUUCAGAAAAACCGCCUAAUGCUGAAGACAACCCUGAAUUGUACGAUCCCUACUGGCUGGAGGAUGAUCUUGGCUCAAAUAAUACGGGCUUCUAUGAGCUCCAAGGUGUGGUUUCCCAUCAAGGGCGCAUGAGUAUGGGUCACUAUGUUGCUUGGAUUAAACGCAAAGGUAAAUGGUUCAAAUUAGACGAUACAAAAGUCUCCGAAGUGGAUGAAGAGGACAUCUUAAAGCUUUCCGGUGGCGGCGAAUAUCACAGCGCCUACAUCCUCCUCUAUGGACCGCGUCAUGUUAAGAAGGUUAUUCCGGAGGUGUCGAUGGAUGCCGAUCCGGCUAGUUAA